UUUCUUGCAUGUAAUGUUAUGUAAGAAACGCACAUUCAAUUCAUAUUUUGACAAACAACGAGGGCGAUAGUUUUUGCAUAACGGCGUAUCGAAUUUUCGAUGUGAAUGGUAUCCUACUAACCAUGUUAAUUAAUUUUACUUUUGUUAAAUCUACAGAGACUAGUAACAUCUAUUCAAACCGACAUGUCAAGAGUCGACGAUUAUUCACAUACAAUGCAGCACCAAGAGAAAGAGCAACAGCAACAAUAUCCCGAAUCCAAAUUUUUAGUUGUUGAUUCAUGUAUGACUUGUGUAUUAACAUCCACAUUUCAAGAAAUUGUCGGCGAUUUAGUUGUAUUCUUUGAAAAUAUUGAACAAUGUCAAGUAUAUUUAACAAUGAACAGCAAUAAAAAAUUAACACUUUUCAUAGCUGAUGCAUGUGAUUUUGAAACAAUUGUCAAUUUACAACGGAUCAUACAAAUACAUUUUAUUUAUAUUGUUAUGAAAAAGAAGUCAACGAUAAUUAACAAUUAUGAAAUUUCAUUAUUCUACAGUCAUAGAGACGAAGUAGACCGUUCGAAAAUUGAUCGUUUACAUAGCGCACUUAUCAGUGCAUAUCCACAGUCAGGUCAGAAACACAAGAACAUUCCCAAAUCGUUAGAAUUUAUUUGUCUGUGUCUGAAUAAAAAUGUAUCUUCACUGUUAAAUACAAAUGCGAGAGUAUUUUAUGAUACUACUAAAUGCUUGCAGUAUAUUCAAUUAAAUGUUAAUAAUACAAAUCAAUUUAUUCUUAUAUUACCUGAUACUAUUGAAUUAAAAACUAUGAAAAAGUUUGAACAGCUGUCGCAAAUUAAAUCAAUUAUCGUAUGUACGAGUGAUAAAAAUUUAAAUACUGGAAGCGGUAAAGUUCGAUAUUCUCCUAAUGAUGAAAAUUUAGAGUUUCAAUUAAUGCACAACAUCAUUUUCAACGAUGUAGAACAAGGAGAUGCUUAUGUUCAGUUAAAUAAUGACUCAUUAGCAUUAGAAAAAUACUCGAACGCAAAUAAAGUUUGCAGUAAACUCAAUGAAAUUUUAGCAACCGAUAAACAUUUGCAUCAUCUUAUCUAG